AUGAACAGCACCAGACACAGACUGCUUUACCAGCUAAACAGUCGCUGGAUUUACGGGAAGAUUCCCCUGCUGCACUCCAUAGUAUUCCUUUUACAAAUGGCUGCAGUCAGUUUGCUCACGCGCAAGUACAACCAGUACUAUGCGGCGCGACCAGUCUUGACCACGAUGAUCACCAACGCCGUUUUGGGUGGCAUUGCGGAUACAGUAGCCCAGACGCUGACCGCUGUGCGGGAGCGCGCAGUACGCAAGAAGGGCGGACCGGGCAAAGAUGACUUUUUGGCAAUCGAGAUUCACGAGCUCGACAGACGGAACCCGUUCAACGACAACGAUCUUAUUCCCGACUCGAAGCUCCUCCCACCGCCUUUCGACUUCGAGCGAACCACGAGGUUUAUGUCCUACGGUUUCCUCAUGUCCCCCAUCCAGCACAGGUGGUUCGGCUUCUUGUCAAGGACUUUUCCAGUGUCAAAGACUGCGGCUUGGUUGCCUGCAUUGAAGCGCGUAGCUUUCGAUCAGUUCCUAUUCGCUCCAGCUGGUCUGGCUGCCUUCUUCACCUUCAUGACAGUUGCCGAGGGUGGUGGCAAGCGUGCUGUGCAGCGCAAGUUCCAGGACGUCUAUGUGCCUGCGCUCCAGGCCAACUACAUGGUCUGGCCGGCUGUACAGCUUAUCAACUUCCGCAUCAUGCCUAUCCAAUUCCAGAUUCCAUUUGUAUCUACCGUGGGUAUCGCUUGGACGGCUUACCUUUCCUUGACGAACUCGGCCGAUGACGCCGCCUAA